CAUUUAGUCCUCGCCCCCCUCCUUAGCAUGCCCUUCUACCACUCCUCCUGCUCCUACCACUAGAAUUCGUCGCUUUCCAGUUCCGCCAGCGCCAUGGGUACCACGCUCUCGGUAGCCAAAACAAUCAUCGUACCCGCCGUCAUCUCCCUCAUCCUCUUCGUCCUCUCCACCUACGUCCUCGUCCCGCUAUGGCAGCGCUACCGGGGCCGGUACAGCCAGUACCUCCCCCUCGAAUCGAUAUCGAACCACACCUCCACCCUACGGGGCAGGAUACAGAACACGAUGACCCGUUGGCUCGUGCCGUCGAGGUGGCGGCGGCGGCGCAAUGUGGGCGAUCGGCUCGUGGUCGGGGCCGACGAAGCGUCCGACCUAGGCCUCAGCUCCGAGGACGGUGAGGAGUUAGACGAGGUCGACGACGAGCGCCGCCACGCACUCUCGCUCGACACGCGGAACGCCGAGCGCAUAGACAGCGCGGGAAGGCUUAGCCGAGAUCUAGAAGAAGGCUUCCGAGACGACAGCGACGAGGAAGACGAGAAUGCGCGUCGAGACGGCCGGCGGUAGUGACGUCUAUCCCAGCGGCCAGCCACCACCAACAAUGCUGCAUCGGGGCUACGGCAC